AUGACUGAUUUGGAGAAAGCAAUAGUGGCGGGAGAUUUCAAUGCUUUACUCAAUAACGAAGAAAAAUUGGGAGGUUUAAGAAUGAAUGCCCGAGUGAUGGAAGAUUUCAGAGACUUUGUAGCAGACAAUAACCUCUAUGAUGUAGUACCUAAAUCUGGAAAAUUUACAUGGACCAACAGGAGGGCAAAUUUUAGCAGAAUUUUCGUUGGACCAUUUUGGAUAAGAGCUGAAUUACUCAAUUCCAUUAGCAAAGGUGAAAGGGUGGAAGAGGAACUAAAUAGAAUCAAUAAUUUGGUAAUCGAGAAGGGGAUGACGAAUGAAGAAUUCCAUGUUGAGAAAUCCCUUAAAGCUGAAUUGGCAGAAAUUCUCCUAAGAGAAGAAAUGUUUUGGAGGGACAAAUCCAGAGAACUAUGGAUAGAUGCAGGGGAUUCAAAUUCCAAAUUCUUUCAUGCUUCCUUAAAAGUAAAAAGGAAUAAAAACAGAAUCAAUCAAUUGAUGGAAGACUCGGGCAAAUUAGUUGGCAAAGCUGAAGAGAUAGAGAUAUAG